CUUUCUAUCAUUAAUAUUCUCUAUAUAGAAAUAAAUGGAGGGAAGGCAAAAGAAGUUCUUGCAUGGGACACUAGAAAUCAGUAUAUUUGAUUCCACACCUUAUAAACCACCUUAUGCUUUGAAUCUUUGUUUAUGCAGGAAUGAGAAGCCAAAAACUUAUGUAACAAUCAAGAUAGACAACGAUAAGGUAGCAAAAACAAGUCAUGAAAAACAAUUAAUAUGGAACCAAAGUUUCCAAAUCCCAUGUGCUCAUCCUUCAACUUCCAUAAUCACCAUCACAAUGAAAACCAACUUUUCCAUAUUGGGAAACAUCGAAAUCCCAGCUCGAAAAAUUCUCGACGACAACGAAACCCUAAUCAACGGCUUCUUUCCCAUUACAAACGUCGAAAACGGGAAGCCCCAUCCAUCUCUCAAACUUCGGUUCAUGCUUUGGUUUAAACCAGCCGACCUCGAACCGAGUUGGGGAACUUUACUCGUAAACGGAGAAUACAAAGGAGUGAAGAAUGCAUCGUUUCCAAACCGAGCCAAUUGCGAUGUUAGGUUAUAUCAAGACGCACACCAUUGUCUUGGUUUUCAACCGCCCUUUAACCAUCUCGAUCUUAGGAGUCCUAGAAGAUUGUUUGAGGAUGUUUAUAAAGCCAUUGAAGACGCAAAACAUUUGAUCUACAUCGUAGGUUGGUCUUUCAAUCCGAAAAUGGUGUUGGUUCGCGAUAACCAAACCGACAUUCCACAUGCAAUCGGAGUAAAACUCGGGGAGUUAUUAAAACGAAAAGCCGAAGAAGGAGUGGCAGUAAGGAUAAUGGUUUGGGACGAUGAAACCUCUUUACCAUUCAUCAAGAACAAAGGAGUAAUGGGAACUCACGAUGAAGACGCGGUUGCAUACUUCAAGAAGACAAAAGUUGUGUGCAAGUUAUGCCCGCGUUUGCAUGACGAGUUCCCCAUGUUAUUCACCCACCACCAAAAGACUAUAACCGUCGAUUCACGUGUGAGUUUCUCGUCGAGCAAUCGCGAGAUCGUGAGCUUCAUCGGAGGGUUGGAUCUCUUUGAUGGACGAUACGACACGGAGGAGCAUUCCCUUUUUAGAACGCUCAAUACCGAUCAAUCUCAUUGUUGUGAUUUCUACCAAACGAGUAUUUCGGGUGCAAAUCUACUCAAAGGUGGGCCGAGAGAGCCGUGGCACGAUACUCACGCUUGUAUCAUAGGAGAAGCUGCUUGCGAUAUCUUAAGAAAUUUCGAACAAAGAUGGAGGAAGGAAUUCAACCCUUCACUCCUAUUACCCGAAACCAUAAUUUCCGAACUUCAUCAUCAUUCAUCAAUUCAACGAGAUUGGAACGUUCAAGUUUUUCGAUCAAUCGACCAUUUCUCAGCCAUGCAGAUGCCAAAAUACUUAUCGAUUGAAACAAGCGUUCAUGAGGCAUAUGUGGAAGCAAUUAGAAGAGCAGAAAACUUCAUAUACAUCGAAAACCAAUAUUUUAUAGGAGGCUGCCAUUUGUGGAGUAACGACCAGCAUUCGGGUUGUAGAAACCUAAUACCGAUAGAGAUAGCUCUAAAGGUUGCUAGAAAAAUAAGAGCAAAAGAAAGAUUUGCCGUGUAUAUUGUCGUACCAAUGUGGCCCGAAGGAACUCCGGAGAGCGAAUCGGUUCAAGAAAUACUACAUUGGACAAGAGAAACGAUGGCAAUGAUUUAUAAGAUAAUCGGAGAUGCGAUAAAAGAAACGGGCGAACCGGGCCAUCCUAAGGAUUACUUGAACUUCUUUUGCCUCGCCAACCGGGAGGAGAAGAGAAAAGGCGAAUUCAUUCCUCCACACUCUCCUCAUUCAAAAUCAUCAUAUUGGAAAGCUCAGAAGAAUAGGCGAUUCAUGGUUUAUGUCCAUUCCAAGCUCAUGAUAGUGGACGACACAUACAUGUUGAUUGGAUCAGCAAACAUUAACCAACGAUCCAUGGACGGACAAAGGGACACUGAAAUCGCGAUAGGAUGCUACCAAGUGGACGAAGAAUUAAAAGAGAGUGGAAGCUUAAAGAAACGAGGAGAUAUUCACGAGUUUCGAAUGUCGUUAUGGUAUGAACACACAAGGUUUACAAAGGAAUCGUUGUUGAAAGAACCGGAAAGCAUGGAAUGUGUUGAAUCGGUUCGAGGUUUGGGAGAGAAGAUGUGGGAUUUAUAUAGAGGAGACAAGAUUAUGGACAUGGAUGGUGUUCAUUUGGUAGGUUAUCCUAUUAGUGUACAAAAAGAUGGUUCCAUUGAUGAAGAAGAUUCAUGUUUUCCAGAUACUAAAGCUCUAAUUAUGGGCAAAAGAUCAAAAGUUUUGCCAACCAUGGCAACAACAUAAAUAAUUAUUCAUUUGUUUGUAUAUAUAUAAGGUUGUACAAGAUCUUCAUGUUUCAUAAGUAGAUAGUAAAUUGUUUUCUAAUUAAGUUAUAAAUUCAUUAGCAGCAACAUAAAGAUACAACUUGGACUUGGUACUCCUAAUAAAGUUUUUUAUUUUAUU